GACACUAUAUGAGGAAGCCAGAAUAUGGCUGCCUGCACCCACAUUCUUCUUCUUCUUACUUUUAUGCCUUGCUUAUGAUUCGUAUAUGAGAACGCAGGAAUAAUAAUCAAGUUUUACUACCCUUACCUUUUUUGAUGUUAUAUAGAAUUACUAACUGGUGCUCGCCAAACAUUCUUCUAUUCAUCCGAAGCCAAUUCAUUGCCAGAAAUCAUUUUAAAACACAUUCUCGUGCAAAAUUCUCUUCUCAAUGCACUUUUUGUUUCUUCUUCUAUCUCACUUAUUAUUUACCCUCACCUUUGGGGAACAUAUUUUCACAGCCUUAUUAACACUGAUUCAGCCAAGCCCCACCCCUAUAAAGGUUUUCACCGUUUUCGCAACACUUCAAAAUUUCACCUACAUCACUUUUUAUACCGGAAAAUCGUAGAAAAACGUGAUAUUCUGCGAUAAAAUUUUCACUCCCGAUUUUAAUUUUUCGAACUGUAAACAUUCGCGACGGUAACUACCAGCAAGCAGAAUGUGCUUUAGUAUUGGUGACAACUUUGACAUUGUUGUCGAUAAACAUUAUUUGAGAAUCCCUAGUUUCAUUAACUUUUCCUUUGAGUUGAAACGUUAAAUCUGAAACACCCGCAUCACUGCUCCACUAGCCACGUCUGUCAAAAACAGAAAACUGUAAACAUUCAGAUUGGGUAUUGCAAUCAGUUUUCUCGCAAUGCCACGACCGUCGAAACGGCAAAAGGCGGCUAUCGACCGCGAAAACCGUAAAAAAGCGCGAUCAAGUAGUCUUAUUUCCAUUCGUGUGACUGAAGAUGUUCCCGACUGCAUCAGGAAUCCAUCGGUGGAAGAAAGUGGUUCGGUGCCUGAUCUGCAGCAACCUAACAGCCUCGCACAAAUAUCCUGCAGGGAAGAUGAUGAAUCAUCGACAGAUUGGAGCCUAGACUUUCAAACGAUGCCCUCAGUUGACGACCCACCGUCAAGCCCGCUGCGUGAGUACGACACACAUACGAUGUCCGCUGCCAUCCCGGAGACUCCUUUGGAAUUUGCUUUUGUUGACGACUCUUUUAUAUCAGAAUUCGACCUACUCGUUGAGGAAAUCGAGGGAACCGAGCAUUCAGAAGAAUCGUGGACAGAGCCGCCGGAAAGGUAUGCACCAUUUUCGGAAGAGCGAAACAUGCCUGUGGAAAGUGGUUUCAGCAGCGAGCAGCAAAAAUGGCAGAAUGCAGCAAACUGUCGAGCGCACACUCCGACCGAAGGAAUGAGUCCCUCGUUUGCAGCGUGUAGCGAAGCGGAACAACCAUUUUCGGCCGAUGGAGGAAGUUCCACGAAUGCAACAGCAUGCUUAGCAGAACAUCCACUUCCGGUCCAAGGAAUAGGAUCUCGAAAUGCAGAACUUUGCCAAGUCGAGCAGCCGUGUCCGGUCGAAAUAGUUGGAUCCAUGUGCGUAGCUCAUUGCCAAGCGGAGCAACCACUUUCAGCGGGAGGAAGUUGUUCUACGGGUGCAGCAGAUAUCCAAUUGGAAAAGUUGAUUUCAGACGGAUUGAGUUCCUUAUGUGCUUUGGAAGGGGCAGCGAAGCCGUUCGGCAGGAGUAUUUGCACACGAGUUUCCACGAGGACAGCAGAAUGCAGAUCAGAGCAGUCUUUUCCAGCUGAAGAAAGCUGUUCCGCGAAAGCAAAAGAUGGUCAUGUAAAGCAGCCGUUCCCGGCCGGAAUAAUGAAUCCCUCGGGUACAACAGAUUGCCGAACAGAGCAGCCGUAUUCAGUCGACAGAAGCAUUUUCUCAAGUGUGGAAGAACACCGAACGGAGCAUUCGUUUCCGGAUAAGGGAGCAUGUAAUACGACGUCGCAUCUUUCAGAAUUAGCUGGUAUAUAUUUAAAAUCUAGUAUUUACGAAAUCUAUAUGGACCAUUCACAAAUUACGUAUAGCAAUAAGAAUGAACAAAUUAAAGGACUUUCGUUAUUUAUGUUUUUGAUUGUUUUGACUAGAAAAGCAGAGCAGAGAGAGACGAAGUAUCGAUAAUACAAGUAGGGUCUUGUACCAUUCGGGCAGGUGAACCUAUUUUGGGCACUUGCCGCUAUA